UUCUUUACAGCGUUCGGAGUAGGAGGAGAAAUAUUGCAAAGACCAAGACCGUUGGGCUGGGCAGUGCUAGUAUUAAUUCGCUAAAUAAUACAUGUCAGUGUUAGAUAUCUUAUUAGCGAACCUACAUUAUGAAAUAUGUAACUUAAAGCAACCGUUAAAUUUGUAUUUUAGGGUUUGUUUAGUAGAACUAAUUUCGACAUCUAUCUUGCUUGUCUUGCCGGUACUAGUUUAGUUGUAUAUUUAGAAACUACUAGGGUGGAAUUUGAAGCAGGCUUCAGCAUGUUAAUUCUGAAUGCAAACGGCUUGGCUUCAUUCUGAAACAUUUAAUAUUUCAACUCAAUUUAGGACUCGGUUGCAUGUGGAGUUAGUCUCAUAGACAGCUCCAGCGUGAGCUACACACUUUCUUAUUGGAUAUCUAAAUACAGUAUUUAUUCAAAAUAGUUGGUAUGACAAACGAACCUGCACUGCACGACGCAACGCCGCGGUAAGACGCGCGAAAGAAAAGGAUAUAUCUAUCUAUAAGAUUUAGUUUUCUAUAAAGUACAAUGUUAAAACGUGGGGCAGGUGGUGGUAAAACCAGCUACAGUCCUUACACAGUGGGGCAAAGGAAUAAAAAAACGAACUCCACUACUACCAAACAGAAAACCAAACUGGAUAUCCUGCCGAACAGACCCAACGUUUGGUUGAAGCAGCUUUCCGUUCUCCAGGAGCAGCCGCGGAAGGAUGCGUCCGAUUCGGCCCCCGUGUUACUGGAGCCCCCCUCCUGCCCCGGGACCCCCUCUCCGCUCAGCAAGCUGGCCCCCAGCACCUCCUCAGCCGGCACGCUGAAGAGACCCACGGCCCUGAGCCGCCACGCCAGCGCGGCCGGCUUUCCAAUGCAGGCGGCGGGCACCUGGGGCUUCAGCAAGGGCCACAGGGGGGCGCUCUCGUACAGCCCGACUGCGGAGAGCGGCGAAGGGACCAUCAUCGAGGUGGAGGACAUCGCCCAGCUGCUGCGCCACGUGGCCAGAUUUGCAGAGAGCGUGGAGAAGCUCAAAGACGUGGUCCUAGGGGAAGAGAAGCUGGAGGGGCGGCGACCGCUGGCUCACGAGUGUCUGGGGGAGGUGCUUCGGAUCCUGCGGCAGGUGAUCAGCAUGUACCCGCUGCUCAACACCGUGGAGACGCUCACCGCCGCGGGCACGCUCAUCUCCAAGGUCAAAGGUUUCCAUUAUGAGUCCGGUAUCGAGGCAGACAAGAAGGAUUUCGAGAAGGCCAUUGAGACCAUUGCUGUGGCAUUCAGCAGCAGUGUGUCUGAGCUGCUUAUGGGUGAAGUGGACAGCAGCACGCUUCUCUCUCUGCCUCCAGCUGAAAAAAGCAGGUCUAUGGAGAACCUGCAUGGAGGAGUGCUGGGUCAGGGAGUGGACGUGACGGUGAUGAAGAGCGAGCUGCACGAGUUUGGCUUCCUGAGUGCAGAGGAAGUAGACAUCAUGCUGCAGCGCAGCGAGGGGGGCGUGUCCUCGGCUCUGCAGUACGCCAAGACCAUCUCCAAGUACAUGAAGGAGCUGCUGUGCUACGUGGAGAAGCGCACCUCGCUGGAGCUGGAGUUUGCGAAGGGUCUUCAGAAGCUCUACCAGUCCUGCAAAAACACCAUCAAUCAGGAGCCCCACAUGCCAUUCCUAUCAAUCUACUCUCUCGCCCUGGAGCAGGAUAUGGAGCAGAGUCACGGGGUGAUACAGACUGCCAGCACCCUGCAGAACCAAACCUUCCUGCAGCCAUUGAUGCUGCGCAAACAGGAACAUGAGAAGAGACGCAAGGACAUAAAGGACCUGUGGAAUCGAGCACAGAGGAAGCUGAUGGAGGCAGAGUCGAACCUGCGCAAGGCGAAGCAGGCGUACAUGGCGCGCUGUGAGGAGUACGACAAGGCGAAGCACGUCACGAUCAAGGCUGAGGAGGAGCAGCAGGGCACCAGCAGCAGCAACACAACCAAGUCCCUGGAUAAGAAGAGGAGGCUGGAGGAGGAGGCCCGAAACAAGGCAGAGGAGGCUGAGGCCACGUACCGCACCUGCAUCGCCGACGCCAAGACCCAGAAGCAGGAGCUGGAGGAUGUGAAGGUGAACGUGCUGAGACAGCUGCAGGAAGUCAUCAAGCAGAGUGACCAGAUGCUGCGAUCAGCCACCAUCUCGUACUACCAGAUCAUGCACAUGCAGACGGCACCCCUGCCUGUGCACUACCAGACCCUGUGUGAGAGCAGCAAGCUGUACGAUCCGGGCCAGCAGUACGCCUCCUACGUGAAGCAGCUGCGCAUGACGGAGGAGCCCGAGGCACACUACGACUUCGAGCACUACGCAGCUACCACCGCCAGCCUUUUGCCCGGCAGGUCACGGAAUGACAGCUUCGGCACAGAUAUCCAUGGCAACGCUGGCUCGGAGGCAUCGCCCACAACCGAGGAGGCGGGGUCAGGAGAGGGAGGGGCUUCCAGCAAAGAACAGCAUGGCUGCACGGAGAGGAGGGGAGGGCGUGGCCACCAGUCCCACAAAUCGUGGCCGUCGGCAGUGAGUGACACGGACAGCGUGGGCGGAGGCAGUGGACUGGAGUCUCCCUCAGUCAGCUCAGGGGACAUCAGGAAGCUGCCCAGGACCUCCUCUACUGGCACCAUGUCUUCCAACGAGGAUCUGGAUGAGAAAGACGGCAAAGUGCCAUCCUUUGAGCAGGGUAUAAACGGGAUAGAGCCCGAGAUCGUGGUUCCCACGGGUCCUUUCCGGAACAUCGGUCUCUCCAAGGCUGCCCAGACGCAUCGCCUGCGGAAACUGCGCACCCCGUCCAAGUGCCGGGAGUGUGACAGCUACGUGUACUUCCAGGGAGCCGAGUGCGAGGAGUGCUUCCUCGCCUGCCACAAGAAGUGCCUGGAGACCCUGGCCAUCCAGUGCGGGCACAAGAAGCUGCAGGGGAAGCUACAGCUGUUCGGCAGGGACUUCACGCAGACGUCCCGGGACAGUCCAGAGGGCAUCCCCUUCAUCAUCAAGAAGUGCAUCUCCGAAAUAGAGAAGAGGGCCCUCAAGAUGAAGGGUAUUUACCGGGUGAAUGGGGUGAAGACCCGCGUGGAGAAGCUGUGCCAGGCCUUCGAGAACGGCAAGGACCUGGUGGAGCUGUCCCAGGCAUCGCCGCACGACAUCAGCAACGUGCUGAAACUCUACCUGAGACAGCUGCCAGAGCCGAUCAUGCCCUUCCGGCUGUACAACGACAUGAUGGGCCUGGCCAAGGAGAGUCUGCAGGGCGCGGGGGGCCCGGAUGGGGACGCAGCGAAGGGCCCCGAGCUGGUGGACCUGGGGCCCGACACCGACAAGGAGGUGCUGGCCUCCGUGCACAAGCUGUGUGAGCUGCUGAAGCAGCUGCCUGCCCCCAACAUCGCCACGCUGCAGUACAUCAUCCGCCACCUGCGCAAGAUCUCCAAGGUGGAAGUGGACAACAAGAUGAGCUCCAGUAACCUGGGCAUCGUGUUCGGCCCCACGCUGAUGCGCCCUCGACCCACGGGCGCCACGGUGUCCCUGUCCUCGCUCGUGGACUACCCGCACCAGGCACGCAUCAUCGAGACCCUCAUCGUCUUCUAUGAGACCAUCUUCGAACCCGGGACCUCCAGCUCCAGCAGGACCUGCAGUCAGGACUCUGCAGCUGAGGAGAGCCCCGAGCUGGGAGAGGAGGGGGCUGAGGAGCAGGGUCCAGUGGACUCUGAUGACAGAGCUGAAGAGACAUGUAGGAAUUCUCUGGGCUCGUCGGGGUCGAGGGAACGCUCUCUGGAUUCCGACUCGGAGGACGAGAUUCCGCCACCACGCCUGACGAAGCAGGAGAGCGAGACGAGCACAGAGCAGCUCUGCGAGCCAAUCGGGGACGAGAACCACGAGUCGGACAGUGAGGUCACAGAGGACGAGGGGCAGGACCGGAACAGAUCGCUGACAGAGCACAACACCAACCAAUCAAAUAACACGCUGGCCAGCCCCGCCCCCCUGCCAACGGCUCGCCUGAAGGGAGGGAAGCUGGAAGUCUGUUGCAGCGAAGAACGAGAGCCUGAAUUUGUAUAGCCGCUGUUUCUCCACCAACAACGACAGAAAGAGAAAAAAAAUACGCUUUAUUGAUCCAUAACAGUUUGAAUUGUAUUAUUAUUAUUGUUAAUUCUAUUCUUGCUAACUCAAAUACAAACUGCCUUUUAAAAAAAAAAAAAAAAAAAAAAAGUUUAGAUGUUUAUAUUGCACACUUCACAUGGAAAAACAUGGUUGCCAUAGUCACGUUUAAUAUAACAUAGCUGGGCCGAGGAUUUUAUUGUCUGGUCAGCUGCCUCACAAAAACAGCAGGGACGAUGGAUGUCUUAAUGAGCCAGCCAGCUACCUGGUACAGCAGGUGUGUUGGUAUCCCACAGCUGAACCUGUCUUUAUGGAAUGCCAUAAGAGUGUCCAAUCACAGCCCUGGAGAGCAGUUCCACUCCACAUUUAACAAGUCGAAUGAACUGCUUCAGGAUCUGGAUGAAGGCAGUAUGAGGAGCCAAGGGUGGUUCCAGGCAUGGAGCCUGAGCUGAUCAUGAUGCUGCUUAAUGCUUGACAGGUCCCUCCGGAGAGCGCUGUGUUCGGAUGCUUGCCAGAAAAAUAGUAAUGUAAUCGGAUGUAAUGUAUGUGUUUAGAUUUUUUUUUUAUUUUAACUUGUCACAUAUCGCCAUCUUGUGGCUGAAUGUUUGAACUGCAGUUGAAGAAUCAUUUGUGAGAACAAGCAAGGAACUUGUGAAAAGUCAAGAUGCACUCUUUUUUUUCUUUUCCAAAAAUGUAAUUUUUUCAGAAAGUAAAAACGGUCCCAUUAGUUGCCAAACAAGAUAUAUAUAAAAACACAGUUCGACUAAGUCUAAGUCAAUUCUAUUUAUUUCUUGUUUAGGCUUGGAACUAGUCAAAGGUUGCAGCUGGUACAGGGUUAAACACCACUGUGUUUGUACUGUUGUAUAUGUGCAUGCCCAGUGAUGGAAGAAUGGAGUUUUUUAUUAAUUUUAUUUUAUUAACAGGACAGACACAAUUUGGGUUGCAAAUCUUGGGUUAUUAAAAACAUAUGCUUUGUUAAUAGAAAACUGCUGAACUAUAAGUAAAUAAAUGAAACACAUUUGAACAGUUUAAACUAAAUUAAAACAGCAGACUGCAGUUUAACUAUUGCACUGUACUUUAAUGUUACAAGAGUCCUCCAUCUCAGAGUAAUUAUUCUUGAUUCCCAAUUUCUAAGUUACCUCCUGGUUUUGCAAACGCUUACAAAACAUUAGGUAGUCUAGGACUAUUGCUAAGCAGGGGCUGUGAUAUCAGACAGUAGUGCUCAGGCUAACUGAAGUUAAAACCGUACUCUGCUGUUACAACCAUCUCAAUGUGUUGGUUAAUGGAGGCUGGCUCCUCUGAUCACCACAUGGGUUUCUUACCUGAAUUUGAAUUUUUUAAUAUUUGUGAUUUGCAUAUAUGGAUUUGAGAGGCAUUGUUUGGUUAAGUUAUAUUUUUGACUUUUAAUAUAUAUUAAACAAAAAAAGGGUGUGUUUUUAACAAGUGUACAUAUAGUAAUAAUAAACAGCGUUUUUCUUAAA